CCCUCCCUCCUCUCUCUCUCUCCCUCUCUCUCUCUCUCUCUGUCUCUCGCCCGCUCAGCCUAACUCCCUCCCUCCACCCCCUUGUCGUCGAUCCUCCGUCACUCUCGUGUUUCUCUCCUCCCACCGCCGAGCCAAUUUGCAUGCUAAUGAGCGAGAGGCACAGCUAACCGCGCUCCGGUCUAAUUCCGCUCUUCCUGCUUCUCCGAGAGCUCCCCUUUCUUUGUUUUAUUCUUGGCCUCCCCCCCGCCUCCCCCGUCGGUUCGUCUCUCUCCUUCCGUCGCGCCCCCCCCCACCCCCACCCCCCGCCCCGCUCCCGCGUCCCCGCCGCCGUCCAGGAGGAGCCCAUGCGAGCCGAGCGUCGACCCAGUGCAGCCAUUUAUCUCGGCGCGGCGACCAACAUGUGAGAAGAUGUCGGUGGGAGGCUGCGCGUGCCCCGGCUGUUCCUCAAAGUCCUUCAAGCUGUACUCCCCAAAGGAGCCCCCGAACGGUAGCGCCUUCCCCCCCUUCCACCCAAGCACCAUGCUGGACAGAGACGUAGGUCCAACACCGAUGUACCCUCCUACGUACCUGGAGCCUGGCAUAGGAAGGCACACACCGUAUGGGAAUCAGACAGACUACAGGAUAUUUGAGCUCAACAAGCGGCUACAGAAUUGGACAGAGGAGUGCGACAACCUGUGGUGGGAUGCGUUUACCACAGAGUUUUUUGAAGACGACGCCAUGUUAACUAUUACGUUCUGCCUGGAGGACGGCCCAAAGCGAUACACUAUUGGUCGGACCUUGAUCCCGCGGUACUUCCGAAGCAUCUUCGAAGGGGGAGCCACUGAGUUGUACUACGUCUUGAAGCACCCCAAGGAGUCUUUCCACAACAACUUUGUUUCCCUCGACUGUGACCAGUGCACCAUGGUGACGCAGAACGGCAAGCCCAUGUUCACGCAGGUGUGCGUGGAGGGCCGACUUUACCUGGAAUUCAUGUUCGACGACAUGAUGAGAAUUAAGACGUGGCACUUCAGCAUCCGUCAGCACCGCGAGCUCAUUCCGCGUAGCAUCCUGGCCAUGCAUGCCCAAGACCCUCAGAUGCUGGAUCAGCUGUCGAAAAACAUCACGAGAUGCGGCCUCUCCAACUCCACGCUUAACUACCUCCGACUCUGUGUAAUCCUAGAGCCCAUGCAGGAGCUAAUGUCCCGACACAAGACGUACAGCCUCAGCCCCCGGGACUGUCUCAAAACCUGCCUGUUCCAGAAGUGGCAGCGCAUGGUGGCCCCCCCAGGUGAGCGAGCCCACCUUUGCCGGGCGCCGAAGGGCCACGAUUCUCUUCGCUGUCCUGAAUGCAGUCUGACUUGGCCCCCUUCCCACCCGCCAGCGGAGCCGGCAAGGCAGGCGCCCAACAAGCGCAGGAAAAGGAAGAUGUCCGGGGGGAGCACCAUGAGUGCCGGAGGGGGGAGCAACAGCAACAGUAACAGCAAGAAGAAGAGCCCAGCAGGCAGCUUUGCCCUCUCCAGCCAGGUACCUGACGUGAUGGUGGUGGGGGAGCCCACUCUAAUGGGCGGAGAGUUUGGCGACGAGGAUGAGAGGCUGAUCACCCGGCUGGAGAACACGCAAUUUGAUGCAGCCAACGGCAUCGAUGACGAGGACAGCUUCAACAACUCGCCUGCGCUGGGGGCCAACAGCCCCUGGAACAACAAGGCCCCAUCCAGCCAGGAGAGCAAGAACGACAACCCCACGUCGCAGGCGUCCCAGUGAGCCGGACUGCUGGACGGGACGGGAUGGGAUGGGGCAGGGGAGGGGGAUGGAGAGGAAGCUGGGCCAGAGAGAGGGGUCGGGGUAUGGGGUCACAUGGGGACAAAUGGCUCACAGUGUAGUGCUCAGCCCCGGCCUUCUGACCUCUCUGAGAGCAGCGUCUGGGCUUUGCUGAGGUUUGGACUCGAGGGUCAAGCUAUUUUUGUUUGAUUUCUGCAGCAAUAUACCCCUGUGUAUCCCCAAAUACAGAUUUUUUUUUUUU